AUGAAUAAACAAUUGAGUGAAGUGGAGUCCCUUUGCCUUAGCGAAAUAAAGAAAGGAAACACAAAAGCAGUGGAAAUGUAUUUUGGGCCCUAUGUUUCCUAUAAUCCAUCUACAAAGAACAGUGCCUUUAUAAAAGCAUAUAUACUCCUUUACUAUCUGUCAGAGGGGAAAAAGAAAAUGUUCUAUACCACAAUUGAAACAGUAACGCCUACAGAACUUGAAGACAGCUGUAUCAAGCUGGUUAUUGAAGUGGACAUGUGUGUGAGCAUUGGCGCUGUAGAGCGAUUGAGGAACACCGUUGAAAGAAACUCUAUAAAGGAGUUUGAUCGGUUCUUAAGGAGCAUUCUUGAGAAUCAGAUGAAAAUAAUGGAAUCACCAGAGAACUCUAAUGAAUACAGCCCCUGGAUUGAAAGCCAAGAGGACAAGAAGGCCAUUGAGAAUGCGAUAUUCAUUGGGAGGAACUCAUCUGCUAACUUUUAG